AUGAAAAAGAUUCCCUAUGCAUCAGCUGUUGGGAGUUUAAUGUAUGCUCAAGUAUGCACGCGUCCGGACAUUACGUACAAUAUUGGGAUGUUAGGCAGAUAUUUAAGCGACCCUGGUAUAGACCAUUGGAUAGUAGCCAAAAAGGUUAUGAGAUAUCUUCAAAGAACAAAAGAUUACAUGCUUGCUUAUAAGAGAUCAGAUCUUUUGGAGGUCAUAGGGUAUUUUGAUUCUGAUUUCGCUGGGUGCCAAGAUAGUAGGAAAUCUACAUCAGGCUAUAUUUACCUGUUAGCUAGAGGAGUUAUAUCUUGGAAAAGUGUCAAACAAACACUUGUAGCUUCAUCCACUAUGGCAGUAGAGUUUGUAGCAUGCUAUGAGGCAUCGAACCAUGGAAUAUGGUUAUGGAACUUUGUCACAGGACUGCGCAUUUUGGAGAAUGUAGAAAGAUCACUCAAAUUAUUUUGUGACAAUAAGUCAGCAGUGUUAUAUUCCAAUAACAACAGGAGUUCAUCUAAGUCAAAGCAUAUUGUCAUAAAGUUCCUAGUUGUAAAAGAAAGAGUGCAAAAUGGUCAAAUAUCCAUAGAGCAUAUUGGGACAAACUCCAUGAUAGUGGAUCCGCUCACAAAAGGUUUACCACCCAAGGUCUUUCAUAAGCACACUGCUCAUAUGGGUGUUACAUUGUUUGAGAAUAUCAUGAUUUAG